GGAGUAAUUAUCAGUCACAAACUUGCUAAGCUUCUUCAAUCGUUUUCCUCUUUAAAAAUGGAGAACCCGUUCAAGCUAAAGCUCCACCGUAUUUUCCGUUCAUGCAAGACCAAGAAACUAACUUCCGACGUCGUCAUUCAUAGUAACAAUAACAAUAAUACUAAUAAUGACAUUAAUAACCAUCUCUUGUUUGAUGAGCUUUUCUCCCCAAAACCUCGUACUCUCCGCUCCACUGCCCGACUCAGAUGCCCUAAAACUUCCCGUCCAGAACCCCAAGGUCAGAAAUGCCCUCCAACACCAGCGUAUUUACCUUCAUACGACCGCCCUGAGAAAUAUUCUUGCGGCUCCGCGUCCACGCCAAAGCAGCACGGAAAGAGCAAGAAAAAGAAGAGGAAGAAGAAGCAGCGCCCAAGUCGUUAUAUCGUUGGCCUGCUCGACGAUUUCCACGACAUCUCGGGGGCAUUUAUGUACAACGGGUUGUUCAGUAGCGACGACGGAGACGAUGCCGGAGAUAUGUUUUUCUCGUCGUCCCGGUCGCUGUUGCUAUCAUCCGACUCCGACUCGGUGGAGGGAUCUUUGCGCCGCCGUGAUUCGGCGGCGGUCAAUAGCAGCUUUGCAGUGGUGAAGAGGUCGAGCGAUCCGUACGGCGAUUUCAUGGCUUCGAUGUUGGAAAUGAUAGUGGAGAAAGGGAUAUUCGGAGGUAGAGAUCUUGAGAAGCUUCUCCAGUGCUUUCUCUCCCUUAACUCUGAUCAUCAUCAUGGGAUUAUAAUUGAAGCUUUCUCCGACAUUUGUGAAGCUUUGUUCUCUCUAUCAUGGAGUGAAGAUUAAUCUUUUUUUGGAAUGAAAAUUAAUUUUAAAAGAUGGAAAAAAAAAUUGGAGUCAGUGGCGGCAUCAUUCUGGAACAAUUUUUGUUUCAAUUCGUGUGAACAAUUUGUAAUAUUAUGUGAAAAAGAACUUCUACUGCGUAUAUUCUAAAUAACACUAGUGUAAUUUAUUUUACUUGAGC